CAACAUUCUACUAUUGUGCCUAAUAAUGUUCUUGAAGUUAAAAAGCCGGAUAACCUACGUAGCACUAAAGAAAGACAGGAACAGCGAAGCCCCGUUUUUGCUGCUUUGAUCAUAUCACUAGCUCUGGCAAAUACCGUAUUUUUGGUGUUGCUUGCUAUAUGCUUGAUUUUAUACAUUAAUUUGAAGCCAAAAGAUGGAGAGAGUACCAAUGCCAAAGCUGGGAGGAGAAAACGUUCUUCCAUCAAACGGCGGAAAGGGAAAAGAGGAGAGGAACACUUGACGAAAACAACAUACAACGAGGACGUAGAUCUGAAUAGAAGUAAUAAGAAGACUGGGAUACAACUUACAGUCAUCAAGCCUACAGAACUCAGUGCACCGCCUAUCCAGCCCAAUGCUAACGACCGAGAUCUGCAAACAGCAAUUCAGAGCCUACCUGAUACGAACAACAUCAAUCGCUCUCCUGGUGCCGGAAGCAAUGCACCACGUUCAACUGCUCUAGAUGUUCUACCCAAACAAUCGUUGCAAAUGCCAGUAAAGUCGUCGUUUGCUGGAGUGCGACAUAGUCCUGCAAAAUCAGUUUUUUCGCAUUUACCGUGGUUCCAGCCAAGGAGAGAAAGAUCUGUAUUUGCAGCAGGAAAUUUGCAGUCGGAACAUGCAUUUUAA